AUGAAUUCUAAAGCUACAUCAGGAAACUUUACGAAAUCAUUCAGCUAUGAAGCAAAGGACUCAGGCUCAACCGCAAGACAGUCAUCUGAAGAACUAAGUCCGAUACCGGAUAGUACGGAAGUGGAUCAACCUAGCGGAAGUAUUCCGGAGCAGAUGGAAUUUCUGGUUGGAGAAGAUACCGAACAGUUGUCUGAUGUGACCGAUCCGGAUAUAUAUUCAACAAGAUCAUCUGCAGCAAAAUCUCGCGACGGUAGUAGUAGUCGCUUUUUCAUCUGGUUUAGACGUGUUUAUCCGUUGAUGAGAAAUAAGAAAGUGCGUUAUUUGACAAUUAUCAACACUAUACUGCUUCUUAUCAACUUCGUAAUGCUUUUGUUUAUGCUUGCACUUCUACUAAAUCAAAUCAUCCUUGCUUUUCGGAUUUCAAGCAUUAUGUAUGAUCAGCCAUCACCAUGUAUUUUUACGUACGAGCCGUGGUCAACGUGUUCUGCAAGUUGUUGGGAUGGUUCAUCAAAUUAUCCUCAAAUGCAACGUUAUGUGAAUAAAAAUUCGAUCGUACAAGCACGUGGAGGUGAGAAGCCAGACUGUCCUGAUGAUUUGCAUAGUCGAGUGGAUGUUGCACCUUGCAACACUUUCAGAUGUCCCACAAAUCUAUCACAAUAUCCAUUCACUCAAUGUUACUACAAGGAUUCAUUGAAAGAAUCCUCUGGUGGAUGUUAUCGUAUUCGUAAUAUACCAUUGGAUGAUCGCUUAAUUUUUAUGGAUGCUAAUUUAACGCAGAAUUGUUCGAAAGCAGAAUGUGAUCGCAUUGAAACUUCCUUAUUUUAA